CCACAUUUAUGUCCCAAAACUUCAGCUUGGGAUGAUCUUUUGGUGGUUUCUCAAGUUACACUGGAGCUCUGGUGCUACUUUGCUUCAACCUGAUGGCUGGAAACAGGAUCGCAACAAGCGGAUCGGUCGAUACCGCUCGCUGGCACGCGAAGCUGGCUGCACUGUUAGCGGCUUCAGGCAAGUAUGCCAGUGCAGCAGCUCACUAUCGACGGGCGCUACGUAUUCUGGAAGAGGUGACGGUUGCCGAUUACAAUCCUGAAGACGACAUGCAGAGGUUGAAGUGGCGACUCCAGUGGCUGUUCGAGCUCGCUGCUACGGAGGCCAAGCGUGGACAACACCAGGAUGCCAUCGCUUUGUAUCAAGAGAUCUUGCAGACGGAGCCUGAGUGCGUCGAGGUGCAGGUCAAUCUAGCGGCACAACUGGCCAUUUUAGACGCGAGUCGUCUGGAGGAGGCACUGGAGCUCUGCAUGCAGGCUCUAGCGCUGCGUCCGGACUUUGCAGAGGCGCACUACAAUCGAAAUAUGCUACUGCGGAAACUCGGGCGACAGAGUGAGGCUGUUUGUGUGUAUUGGUGGUAUCUGACACGUGAUAUUGGUGCAGAUAUUGUUAAGGAGAGCAUGCCCGGCGAACUGGCCCGAGCAGUCUUGUCUUUUAAUGGAGUGAACCAAGAGCUACGGACGGAUAGACUCAACUGUGAUGACAGUGAGAAGAUUUUAUGCAAUCAAGCGAGCGAAGGCAAUGGAGUCACUGUUGUUUGUAUCAAGUGGGGCUCCAAGUAUGGGGUUGAGUACGUUAACAGGCUCUACAAUUCCGUCAUGCGCUAUUGUGGAGCACUGCACGUGGCAUUCGUCUGUCUGACCGACAAUGCCGAGGGCAUCGACCAUCAUGAGAAUUUAACGAUUCUGGCAUUAGAUGGAGGCUGGAAAGGAUGGUGGAACAAAUGCCAACUAUUCUCCAGUGCGAUGACUGCAAAAUUUCGAUCGCUAGGCCACUCGCGAUGCCUGUAUUUGGAUCUCGACACUGUUGUCGUAGGCGAUCUGGUUGAACUGUUCAUGUGGUCGCCUCCGUCGGGAGUUCUGGGUUUGCUAAAGACGGAUCAAAUGGCAAAUGAACAGCGUCAAGGUGGGUAUAACAGUAGCAUCAUGGCAUGGCGUAUUGAUAACCACGCACGUGCAGCAUCACUUCAGUUCCUGUACCGCUUUCUUCACGCUCAUUUUGGCGUUAUCAACAAGUAUAUCUACAAGUUCGAUCACUGGCUUGAGAUGGCCAACGCAUACGCAUGCUAUCUAGAGGACGUGUUUCCUGAACAAAUUGUUGAGUAUCGUAGUCUCGAUGUAGAGGCUGUAUCACCGCCUCCAAACGCAACGAUUGUGUGCUUUCCACUCCUACCAAAGCCACACAGUGCUACCGCAACCUGGGUAGCACAGUAUUGGGUAUAAUGAAAGUCCAAACGCAUAUCCAAGUGUAUAACCAGGCAAACCGCAUGGAUUGGACCUGUCGGGUGUCUGUCUAACCAUCGCCGCCAUCCUCUCUAGGUAGCAGCGUUGAACAUUCUUUAAUUCUCGUCGUCGCGAACUUCCACAGACAAUAAUGACGAAGCACCAGUAUCGUCUCGGGCGUGAGCAAGCUUCGCCAGCUUCUCAUCCAGAGCCUUCAUCGCACGAGCUCUACGGAAGACAUCAGCUUUGUUAGACCACUGAAAGAAAAGAGAUCUUCAUGUGAUGGUGCACCCACUUUCGGCGUUCAGCAAUCGGGUCAUUCUUGAUUUCCUGCAGAAUUCGCACAAUAUCCACCAUUAAAAAAUAUCCUAGGACGACUGCUGUCGUCGAACGUACCGUGAGGAUCGGAAGCAUCUUGGGCUUCUGGGCUGCGCGCUUCUUAAAGAAUCCGCAGAGCUUGACCACGCUGAAGCAGAAGUUGGCGAGCGGGCUUACAAGUGGUCUGUUAAGGCAUGACGUAGUACAAUUAGCAAUUUUUUAAGCGAUAAAUCUACAGCUCAGCGAUACGUACAUGCAAAAGUCAGGAAGUAGCACAACCAGCGCGAACUCAUCCGACACAUCGCCAACGGUCUGGUCACGGUUCUUGUUCAGGAAGCGGAGGUAGUACCAACCAAAGUAACCACCGAGCACCGAGAAUGGUCCAGCACUCACGAGCAUCAAGCUAACUGCCGGGACAGCAGUAAAGGCCAUACCAGCCAUCGUGCAGAAGCAAAAAACAAUGCAUGCUACCAGCGGGUAGAACUGACAGACAGAAUUCACAAUAGUUAGCGCAUGACAGAGCUAUCCGAAUCGAACAGUACGAGCAAUGUACACGAAGCGGGACGCCAGGGAACAGGGGAGCUGUCGCAAACGGCGUCGGCUUCAUGUAGGCCACCAGCAGCGCCGCGAUUCCACCCGUAAAUCCUGAAAAGCUCGCCUCCCUACAUCAGCAACAUGCCGUCAGAUACAGGAAUCAUGCUGGAGGAUACACCUGCAAGGAUCUCGUACAGGUAGAUGGGGUUUCGGAAGAUAAUAUAGAGGAUGAAGAGGUUGACAAACAUCACCACUGCCGCUGCCGUAUUGGCGAACAGCAGCAAUCGCACGAGGUUAAGAGCACCAAGAUCAGGCUCCACCCGCUUGGCCAAACCGAAGGCUAAUGGCAAAACGAACACCAGCUGCAGUGAUAGACGCUC